AUGAAACUUUCCAGUUCUGAGAAGCUGGUGGCUCCUAUAGCAGGUUUUUUUACGCUCGUAGCUAUUAUCCUUGUGAUAAUAGCAACUGCCGGUCUCACUACUACUAGAGAACCGAUGGUUAACGUCUACAUGGGUAAUGCUGACAUUACUGGUCUACAGGUGACGAAGGUCAUCAGGAGAAUUGAAAACGUUUACCAUUUUGUUGCCGAUGUUGUGCAAUCUGGAAGAUUGAGUGAGUCCGAGGUGCGCGAUGAGUUGGGCACGAUUGGUGGGUCUUCUCAGUUGGGUAGCGUGCUAGAUAUUCUGACUAACAAUACCAACUACCACGGUACUUUGGUGGCAUUGGCCGAUCUUGCUGCUGCCGUUCCUGACGCUAACGAGGCCUCCGCUUCGAGAUUGAAGGACCUGCAUCAAUUGCUAGAUCUUGCUACUGACAAAGCUAGGUUCUUGAAGGCGAUGGGUAGCUUGCUAUCCAACCCUGCUCCUGCAACCAAUGAGACUGCAAGAGCACAAGCCUUGUUGCGUGGGCUUUUGUUUGACUCCACGAACCCUGUUGACACGCUAGGAAAUAUGGCAACUCUCUCGAAUUAUACUAUGGUUCAAAAGGCUGACAUUUUGGCUUUCGUCGUUCUGUUCACCAAUUCUAAUAAUAUUACUGCAACCACUUAUGAUUUGGAGACAUUGCUCAACACUAACGUUUCCACUGCAUUCGUAAGAAAUCUCACUUCUAGACUUCCUCCAUCAGGUGACAUUAUCGGGGGACUAACCCAAUUGGCCGGUACUCUACAAGGGCAGGAAUUGACAUUUGUAAGAACAAUAGCUGACAUUCUCAGACUCUCUAAGGACCCAAUGACAGAUUUGAGCAUGUUGAAUAGCACUGCUACUGAUUCUAAUGCGAUUGCGUCCGCCAAGGCAAAUUUCCCUCCUUUGGCCGGAGUUUUGAAAAACUCACGUAAUACCACCUUCGCAUUUGAGAGUGUCCAAGAAUUGAGCGUUAUAUCCGAUGACGGCUCUGCUGGUCGCUUGUUUAACCUAUAUGAAAUCGUGAGUACAUCCAGGGAGCCAACCGAAGCUCUAGUGAUAAUAUCCAGCUUGCAAGAGAAUCCAAUGGAUGAAGCAGGCAAAAAGUCUCUACCAGCCUUGUUUGCGCUCUUGUCAUAUGCCACUGAUCCUAUAGAAACCUUCAACGGUCUCCUUUCCUUGAACAGUCUAGCAGGUAGCUCCCCAGAUACAUUCAGUACCGUUGUAGGACUUUUGAACACCGCCCUCGCAUACGACGGCCCACAAGAGUUUGAGCGCCAGCGCCAGGUAGAGGUUCUACCUGCAGCUUUGAGAAUAUUUGACGUUCCUGCAAACUUCAGACUGGGUAUCUUCAGUCUGUGUGGCUUCAGAUACGACGGUGAUCUCAAAUCCUGUACUCCAAACCACGCAGUCCAGGACUUCGACUACGGACACAUCUUGUACGAUUUCCUAUUGGAAUCCAGAUUAAGACAGUACUUGGAGGCAAUGUCCAUUACGGAACAGGAAUUCUUUUUGGAAGGCAGGCUGUUGAACCACCAAAACCUAUACGUUCCAGCCGUCCGCGGUAUCCUUGCCUUCAACAUUAUUGGAAUUGUUCUCGGUCUAGUGAUUAUACUAUCGCUAAUUUUGUCAUUACUAUUCUCAGGUAGCCGUCUCGCAUUAUUUGCAAGAUUUUUAUCAAUUCUAGUCACCAUUGCAUUCUUCGCUGCCGCUUUGAUCGAUAUCAUUGUCAUUUCAAUCAUUAAAUCCGGUACAGCCUAUGAUGAUUACGGUGUCGUGUACAGCACUGGUAGUGCUUUCGCAGGUCUAGUGUGGUCCGCUUUCAUCCUAACCUUCCUCAGCGCUUUCCUAUUAUGGACCACUCAUAUCAAAGCUAAGAAGGCUGCUGCUAAGGAUACUCAAUCAACCCCAGAUGGUUUUGCUUACAGUGAAAAGCAAAAAGAACUCGGAGAUGAGCAGCGGCCUAUAGUUUAA